GACCUCUUGGGGUAAAUGGCACUUUUGGCUAGUGGAAUUGAACCUGAAGCGAGAGUGGAUCAAGGACUAUUAUUAUACGCACAUGGGGAGCAGGAUCGCGAUUACCAUCAUCAGGACACCAACAUCAUCAUGGUCAUGGGCAUCAUUCAUGGGGGCACCAUCAUCAUUCAACCCUCACCAUUCGACCUUGCUCCAGAAAAAAGACAUUGAACAAGAGAUCAUGGUGGACCUAUACUCAUUUUUUUUUUCUGUCAACUAUUUUGCAUCUUUUAUCGAUCAGAAUUGAUUCAAUAUGCCUCACUCCUAUGGUAUCCGCGCUCGCACCCGCCACAUGUUCGCCCGUAACUUCAGGGAGCAUGGUAUGCCUAUCAAGCUUACCACCUACCUGAAGACCUACAAGGUUGGCGACAUUGUUGACAUCAAGGCCAACGGUGCUAUCCACAAGGGUAUGCCCCACAAGUUCUACCACGGCCGUACCGGUAUCAUCUACAACGUGACCAAGUCCGCUGUUGGUAUCAUCAUCAACAAGAAGGUCGGCAACCGCUACCUCGAGAAGCGCGUCAACAUCCGCAUUGAGCACAUCAAGCACUCCAAGUGCCGUGAUGACUUCUUGCGCCGCGUCAAGGAGAACGCUGCUGCCAAGUUGCAGGCCAAGACCGACGGUGUCAAGGUCAACUUGAAGAGACAGCCCGCUCAGCCCCGUGAGGCCCGCUUCGUCUCCGUCAAGUACAACACCCCCACCACCCUCAACCCCAUCCCCUACGACACCCUCGUCUAAGCUGUUAAAAAUGGAGUUGAUUGAGUGCGGAAUCGAUGCAAAUAAACGAGCAGAUUUGUUUCCACAACAGAAACCAGAGAGUGCUAGUGUUGCCUUGAUAUUGACAAUUAUGGCAAAGUGUUUAGCCACUGCAUUGUUGCAGAUGUUGACGACCAGGUGGAGUGAAGAUGCAAC